AUGGGCGCUUGCUGGGCUGACGAGUGCCUCAAUGAAGCGAAAUUCAAAUGUUCUGGCUGCAAGACUGCUUGGUACUGCCGACCUGAGUGUCAACAUGCCGCAUGGGCGACACACAAGAAAGAAUGCAAGAUCAAUCGGAUGAUAUACGAUAUGGAGCAAAAGAAUGAAAAGGAAACUGCUCAAAAGCCCAUCGAGAAACCUCGUACAACUCACUGCACAGGAUGCAACGUCAAGUACUCCAGAGAUUAUGGAUCUGACCAAAUCUGCCCUGAUUGUGGUUACACAACUUGCGAGAGUUGCUCUUGCCAUAACUCGCGAGGAUCUUGCUAUUGCCCCAAUUCGAACUUUGGUUAUUCAUACUGUGAACGUGAGCCGCAGUGGUAUCAUAUGAGUUCGCGCACUGGUCGGAUGUACAAGGGGGAUUACCAUCCCACUGAUGUCUAUGGCGUGGAUCUGAAGGAUCAUAUGGAAAUAUUUGAAGAUGAGGCUAGGGAGUGCAAUAAUUGCGGAAAAGUCGUGAGAUGCCUCAAGAAGGAGGUGGUGAGCUAG